AUGUCGUCCAAGUACGUCUUCACCAAGGGUCUGAAGGAGCUGCGCUUCCUUUUCUGCCAGACCUCUCAGGCUAGUGCUGCUACUCGCUCGUUCUUGCAGCGCGCAUACCCGACCAUGAAGAAGCACAACCCUUACACCCCCAUCCUGAUGCGCGAGGCAGCUGGUACUGUGCCUAGGGUGUACGCCAGAUACGCUUUCGGCCAAGAGAAGCAGGAAGCUCUGACCGGCUUGACGGAUCAGCAGAUCGAAGAGAAGAUCACUCAGUUGGUGAAGGCGUCUUCAUAG